CGUCCAGCCCUUUCCAAAACACUGGUGCUUCUAUGCUGGCCGAGGGGAUCUGAGGUGGUGAAGAAAGAUUGCCUACUUAAAGCUCCUACGUGGUGGGGGAAGACAAGCAGAAACGGACAUACACAGUGUGGUGUAGCUACUCCCUGACGGACAUGUUCCCACUAUCCGGGGAAGCACAGAAGCAGCGCGGGGGUUGUGAUCCAGAAGGCGAGAAGUAUGCCAGGUGGAGAACUGAGGGACUCCAGGAAGAUGGCACUGUGUGCGAAACAGGCAGGAAGAAGUAUGGGAAGAAAGAGAAGGGGCCAACCCCCGAAGAGGCAAUACAGAAACUGAAGGACACAGAGAAGAUACUGAUCAAGAAACAGGAGUUUCUGGAGCAGAGGAUUCAACAGGAGCUACAGAUGGCCAAGAAGCAUGGGAUCAAGAACAAGAGAGCUGCCCUACAGGCUUUGCGGAGGAAGAAAAGAUUGGAACAACAGCUGGCACAAACCGAUGGAACAUUAUCCACCCUGGAGUUUCAGCGUGAGGCCAUUGAAAAUGCCACCACCAAUGCAGAAGUGGUUCGUACCAUGGAGCUCGCUGCCCAAGGCAUGAAGAAGGCCUACCAGGACAUGGACAUUGACAAGGUGGAUGAACUGAUGGCUGACAUCACAGAACAACAGGAGGUGGCCCAGCAGAUCUCAGAUGCCAUUUCUCAGCCUGUGGGCUUUGGAGAUGUUGUGGAUGAGGAUGAACUGUUGGAGGAGCUAGAGGAGCUGGAGCAGGAGGAAUUGGCCCGGGACUUAUUAACUGUGGGUGACAAGGAGGAAGAACCCCCCAUCGAACUGCCCAGUGUACCCUCUAUACAUCUGCCUGCAGGGCCAGCUCCUGAAGCAGAUGAAGAUGAAGAAGCCCUAAAGCAGUUGGCUGAGUGGGUAUCCUGAUGAGUUAUGGGCUUGUUUUCCCGGUGCUGCCUUAUUCCCUUUUCCUUAAGUGCCAAGUGCUAAGCAAAAGGAACAAAGCCUUUUGGGGAAGUCCUGCUGAGGAUGAUAGUUUGACCUUGUGAAAAGGGGUUGUCGCCCUCGCCUCCCUGGCUCAACUCUGAAAAAAGACCAUGGUGAAAGAGGAGCCCCCAGGCUCCCUUCUCUGUGAUUGCACUUACGGUGCCCUUGUUCGCAAUAAAAUCGGGCCAAUGGAAA